AUGAAUUGCUCUGCCUGCAAUAAGAAGCUACUUCGCACUGAUCGCUACUUAGCAUGUAAUCACUGUCGUUCAAAAUAUCAUAUUGAGUGCCUAAAUUUAAGUAAAGAACAAUUUACGGCUUUGACUACUGAAUAUAAAUCAAAGUGGAUGUGUCCAUCUUGUAGUAAUAUAACUAAACGUAAACAAUCGAAUGUCAAUACGCCUGUCCAACAAACGCUUGUACCACUCGUAGAGAAACCAUUGAAUUCGCCCCUUGAAAAUUCAAGCUGUUCAUCAACCGAUUCCCAAUUAUUUUCCUCAAACGACGACAAUCUCGUCACCAUGGGUAAAAUUAGUACCUUAUUGGAUAAAAAACUUAAUAAUUAUCUAUCGGAUUUCGUGGAAAGUUUUAGAAAAGCAUUGAAGGAUGACGUCAAAAACCUAGUACAAGCGGAGAUGGACUCAGUUGUGCAGCAGCUUAAAGACGAUUUUACUGUAACCACUAACUUUAUAUGUGAUGAACAGUCUUCCCUAAAGCAAGAAAUUGAAAAUAAGAGUCACAUAAUAAAACACCUAGAAUCUGAAACUCUGCGAUUUCAAAAGGAGAUUAAUGUUCUGACCAAUCGUUUAACAUCAAUUGAAAAAAUUUCCCGUAGCAAAAAUAUUGAAAUUCAGUUAGUACCAGAAAGUCGAAAUGAAAAUCCAAUGCUGUUAUUCCGCAACCUGUGUAAAACAGUAAAUAUUCAAAUAGAUGAUGAGAACAUUCAUUCUUGCCGUAGAGUUGCCAAAUACGACAUCUCCUCCGAACGCCCUAGAAAUAUUCUUGUAACUCUCAUCAACCCACGCUUACGGGACCAAGUUCUCUCCGCAUGUUAUCGUUAUAAUAAAGCCAAUAAAGACAAUCCCUUGAAUACCAACAACAUCGGAUUAAAUUGCGAAAAGCGAAAAAUUUAUGUGACUGAACAUCUUUCUCCGGAAUAUAUUGAUAGCAUGACUGACGCAUUUUACGCAGAGCUUAGGAAUAUUAUUGCAAAACAUACACCUAUGACCAAAAUUGACACAAACAACUAUCCAGUAUGGUUCACACCUGCUUUAAGGCAAAGCUUAGAAGAAAAACUAAAAUAUCAUCGUCGUUUCAAAAAAUAUAAGAAUCCUCGGGAUUAUGAUACAUUUUCCAUGUUACGCAACAGAUGUAAAAAACUUAUUAAAAAUGACUAUAAAAAUUUUGUAUCGUCCGUCGAAUCUUCUUUAGUUGACGACACAAAAUUCUUUUGGCGUUUUGUCAAUGACAAGAAAAAUAAUGCUAAUAGCAUUCCCAAAAUGAUGAAAUAUGGUAAUCACACCUCCUCCGAUGAAAAAGAAAUAUGUGAGCUUUUCUCUAAUUAUUUCAGUUCUGUUUUUGCAAACCCAGAGGAGACAAUCUUACAUUCUCACAAUGAAUUAUCCAAUCGUAGUAAUUGUACCCUAAGUGAUAUCACAAUCACACCAGACCACAUACAGCAAAAGAUCGCGAAAUUAGACCAAAGAAAAGGCUCUGGACCAGAUGGUAUUCCUCCUUUAUUCAUUAAGAAAUGCGGGAAGGAAUUAAGUAAUCCCUUGUGUAUUAUAUUUAAUGCAUCCAUUAAGGCAGCCCUACCUAACAAGGAAUCUGUUGUAAUCGCAGGCCGGUAUAUAAGCGUGUCCUUGAUGAGCUUUUUGACAAUCAAUCGAAGAACUUCACCAAGGUACAAAAUGGAAGUACACUACAGGAUAGCGUUUAUCAUUUCUCUUCACGCAAUCAUUUGUGACGCCUCAUCACCAACCACGAAAGAACUUAGAACCGGUGCGCUGCUGCUUCCAGAAAAAAUCAUAGGCGGCGUGAUAGACAUAGUACAUAGUCAUAAGAAUAAGCCUGUCAGCCAGCCUAUGAACCAGCCAGCUCCUCAAGGAUAUCCCCUGCAGUACCCACAGUACCAGCAGUGGAAUGGCCAAAACAACUACCAAAACCCUGGACUCUCUUCACAGUACCAAGGACAGUACAGUAAUUACGUCCAACAAAACGGUUACCAAGGUCCUAAUUACCCACAAAAUGGUGGAAGCUUCUCCGGUAAUUCUGGUCAAAUGUAUCCCACCUAUCAAGGUUUUAGCAAUGUUCAAGGUCAGAACCAAGGACAAUACCAAUCAAACUACCAACAGCCAAACGGACAGUAUCAGCAAACUCAAUUCCAAGCACAGCAAGGUACUGGCCAGUACCAGGGGCAACACAAUGGCCAGUACUAUGGACAGACAACGCAAGUUUCCCAGGCGUCUGGUGCUGGACAGUUCGGAGGUGGAAGUCAAGGUUUUCAAGUACCUGGGGGCAGUCAAGUUAGCGGUGGUGCCCCUGUACCCGCCUGUGUUUGCAAGUCAUGGACAAAGCCGCAGUCCGAACUGAUGAAAGGCAGUCCUGUAAUGGAGAAAAUCGAUAAAUAUCAAGAUCAACAAUGA